GGUAGAUCAAUGGGAAAUUAAAGUUUCCCUAACUUUAUUGCCACUUUAUAGUUGGCAGUUGAUGUCACUUUUUCAUGAACUUCUUAGAAUUAGCUACCACUCACUACUAUACUUCUCUUAGCUUGGAUAUUAUAAUAAGUUACAUAGAGAAAAUAAACCUAAUUAACACAUCCAACGAGAGCUAAGCUAAGCUAGCCAUGGGAAGACCACCUUGCUGUGACAAAGAUGGCAUCAAGAAAGGUCCUUGGACCCCCGAAGAAGAUAUCAUUCUCGUCUCAUACAUUCAAGAACAUGGUCCGGGGAAUUGGAGAUCCGUACCCACCAAUACAGGGUUGCAAAGAUGCAGCAAGAGUUGUAGGUUAAGAUGGACAAAUUAUCUUAGGCCAGGAAUUAAACGAGGCAACUUUACUUCUCAUGAAGAAGGAAUGAUUAUCCAUUUACAAGCAUUAUUGGGUAACAAAUGGGCAGCAAUUGCUUCUUAUCUUCCACAAAGAACAGAUAAUGACAUCAAGAACUAUUGGAACACCCACUUGAAGAAGAAACUUAAGAGGUUUCAAUCAUCUUUUCAUCAAGAGCCACAAAUUCCACUAACAUCAUCUUCUACUUCAUCUUCUCUACACAAUAACAAGUCCAUCAACGACGACAAUAACACGUAUCAUAAUCAUAAUCAUAAUAAUAACCACGAGAAUCAUAGUGUUGAUCGUAACAUGGUAACACCACCUCAACCACCAUCGUCAUCAUCAACUUGUUAUGCCUCGAGCACUGAGAACAUCUCAAGGCUUCUCGAAAGUUGGAUGAAGUGUUCGCCAACUUCCAAACAUAAGUUGGAAGUUGGUAACAAUCACGACGACAACAACAACAAUAAUGAUAUUGUUCAUGAUGGAUGUGUUGGUGACGAAGAAGAUGAACAAUUUGAGUCAAUGUUGUCAUUUGACAACCUUAAUAGUGAUAAUAAGGUUGGCAUGGUCACUACUACUACUUGUGACGACUCCACUGAGGAGGAUUCUAACGAAGGUGUAAAAUUACACGAAAACAUGGAUUACAUUGAUGACGACGAUGGAAAUAAUCCUCCAUUAACAUUUCUAGAGAAAUGGCUUUUGGAUGAAUCUACUACGUCUCGUCAAGUAGCUCAAGAAAUUUUGCGGCUACCAUCUAUUUUCUAAUGAAUUAGAAGAUGAUCAUGUAUGAAUUGAAUUAUGAUGUAUCCAAAAUUAAUUAGCCUAAAGUAGUAAUUAUAUAUAGUAAGCUACAUAUAUUAUGAAUUGUAACGCAUGAUUAUUAACAAUAAACAUGUUAAUUAGGAGGAGAGCAGCUCUUGCAAGUUAAUUGUAAAAAAAAUGCUGUAAUUUUUAUUUUUAUUUCUAAUUGAUGAAUGAUUAUAUUAAUCAUUAAAU